AUGACGGCGUCCAUGAGGCAGCGGUUCGACAAGUUCCUGCACGAGAAGAACUGCCUGACCGGCGUGCUCGAGAAGAUCGAGAGCAGGACCGGGGUGAGCAGGUCCUACGUCGCCCUCGCCAUUGUUGGUGUGCUGGCCAUUUAUUUGGUGUUCGGCUAUGGAGCAUCCCUGCUCUGCAACCUGAUCGGCUUUGCUUACCCUGCGUACAUCUCCAUCAAGGCCAUCGAAAGUCCUAACAAAGAUGAUGACACACAGUGGCUGACCUACUGGGUGGUGUAUGGCAUCUUCAGCAUAGCAGAGUUUUUCUCUGACAUCUUUCUCUCCUGGUUCCCUUUCUAUUACAUGAUGAAGUGCGGUUUCCUGAUAUGGUGCAUGGCCCCAAGUCCCUCAAAUGGAGCAGAGUUCCUGUACCACCGAAUUAUCCGCCCUAUCUUCCUGAAGCACGAGGGGCAGCUGGACAGUGUAAUCAAGGAUCUGAAGGACAAAGCUUCAGAGACAGCAGAUACAAUUACUAAAGAAGCCAAAAAAGCAACAAUAAAUCUACUGGGGGAGGAAAAGAAAAGCACCUAAAACUGGAAGAUAAGUGUCUUCAUCACUUCCCUUACACAGCUUGAUAUUACUGGGGACUGUGAUAUAGUGAUUUGAAUAAUGUUGCCUUGGAAACUUUUUUUUUUAGUUAAUAAAGGAAUGUGUUUUUAAAGCUG